AUGUAUGGCGAUCUUGGCAACAAACUGGUCCAACAUGCCAAACGGACGCAGAACUUGGCACACUUGCCACCCUACCAGACCGAAAUUGUGCGAGCAGUGACGCGCGAAGUGCGCGACCUCGAUAAGGACGUGGCCCAGCUGCUCGAACCUUUCCAAGGAUCUUUUGAUCCCACAACCGAACCGGCAAAAGCAUACAAGCUGGAGGAGCUGGUGUGGAAUGGAUCGGACGUGGUGGACCUUUCAGAACAACAGAUACGCGACGGCCCGUCUGGGGCCCGUGGCAGUGGAGGAAGGGCCGGCAGCGGUGGAGGCGCCAUCGGUGGCGGCGAGACUGGCACCGGAGACGGAUACAGCGCCGGUGUCAGCAGCAGCAACGGCAGCAGCAGUCUCAGCCCCCAGGAGGAAGACUACGUCCGGCAGUAUUCGAACCUACUGGCUGCCUAUAAAGGCCAGUGGACGGACAUCGACCUGACCGGCAGCCUGGAGCCUCCCCGCGACCUGUUUAUUGACGUCCGCGUUUUGAAGGACGCUGGAGAAAUUCAGACGGAAUAUGGAUCUAUCACACUGAGUCGCAACAGCCAGUUUUACGUCCGACAAGGCGAUGUCGAGAGGCUGAUUGCACAAGGAUACCUCCAAAAGCUGAGCUGA